AUGACAAGAACACUGCAGAGGAUAUUUCACUUUCUCAUUCUCUCUUCUGCUCUUGUGGUAAUCGCUGCACAGACAGAAGCGGAAACAUUGCUAAACUGGAAAAAUAGUUUAAACGUCCCAACUCUUCCUUCAUGGACUCUCAAUAGCAGCAGUAGCCCAUGCAAGUGGACAGGAAUUCGGUGCAAUGAAGCGGGAAGCAUUAUUGAGAUAAAUCUCAAGUACUCGGGCCUGGAUGGAACUCUUGACAGGUUUGACUUCUCAUCAUUUCCUAACCUUACUUCCCUCAAUCUCAAUUUGAACAAUCUCGUAGGAGAUAUCCCAGCUGGAAUUGGGAAUGCCACAAAACUCAUUUCACUUGAUCUCAGUAGCAACAAUUUCACCAAUCCAAUGCCUCCAGAAAUUGGAAACCUCAAAGACCUUCAAGUUCUUCGUCUCUACAACAACUCACUCACAGGCCCAAUUCCACAUCAGCUUAGCAACCUACAAAAGAUGUGGCUUCUCGAUCUCACUGCAAACUACCUAAAAGAUCCUGACCCUGUUCAAUUUAAGGGUAUGGCAUCUUUAACAGAGCUACGGCUCUCCUAUAUCCUUUUGGAGGCAGUUCCUGCAUUCAUCGCUGAGUGCCCAAACCUGAUAUUUCUUGAUCUUUCUGAUAAUCUAAUCACAGGUCAGAUUCCUAUGCCAUUACUAUCUCGUUUGAAAAGAGUUGAAUUCCUGAACUUGACAAAGAAUUCAGUUGAAGGACCUCUUCCCACAGAUAUAGGAAAUUUUAGAAAUCUUCGACACCUGAGGCUUGGAAUGAACAAGCUGAAUGGUACGAUACCAUUUGAAAUUGGGCUGCUCUCAAACCUUGAAGUGCUUGAAUUGCAUGAAAAUGGGUUUGAUGGUCCAAUGCCCUCUUCAGUUGGGAAUCUCAGGAAGCUUCGAAAUUUAAACCUCAGAUUAUCAGGCCUGAAUUCCAGCAUCCCAGAAGAACUUGGUUUGUGCACCAACCUCACUUACCUUGAGCUAUCAUCCAACAGCCUAAUAGGCUCAUUGCCUCUUUCCAUGGCCUCAUUAACACAAAUUAGAGAGUUGGGAAUUUCUGAUAAUAAACUAUCAGGAAAUAUCCAUCCAUCUCUCUUAUCCAAUUGGUCAGAGCUUAAUUCUUUGCAACUCCAAAGGAAUAAUUUUUCUGGAACAGUUCCACCUCAAAUAGGAACUCUCCAUCAGCUCAAGCUUCUGUAUCUUUUUCAGAAUCGAUUAUCAGGUCCCGUACCACCAGAAAUAGGAAAUUUGUCGAAUUUGAUAGAGCUUCAAUUGGCCAACAACUUUUUCAUUGGUUCCAUCCCUCCAACUAUUGGAAAUUUGUCAAGUCUCACCAAAUUAAGUCUUUCUUAUAACAAGCUCAAUGGAACACUUCCUCCUGAAUUAGGUAAAAUCAAAAGCUUAGAAGAGCUUGACCUGAGUGAAAAUGACCUGCAAGGAACCUUGCCUUCGUCAAUAACUGGCUUGAGAAACCUCAAUUUAUUUUAUGUCGCUUCCAACAAUUUCUCAGGAAGCAUUCCUGAACAUUUUGGCCCAGAUUUCUUGAGAAAUGCAACCUUCUCCUACAACAAUUUUUCAGGAAAGCUUCCUCCAGGAAUUUGGCAUGAUAUUCCCUUUUCAAACAUUUUGGACGAGAGGCUUACACCUCCAGUUGGUCCUAUUGUGCAAGAACUGGUUUUAGCAACAGCCCUCGCAUUGUUAUGUGUAAAGGAAAAUCCCGUAUCCCGGCCAACAAUGUAUCAAGUUUCCAGCGAACUAUCAGCAAGUACAUGCCUACAUGUCCCUGCACCUCUCCGCCUCCUCACAUUGCAAAAUUUGAUGAAUAUGUUGAAGGAUCAAGCAUCCUCUCUCACUUAUUAUGUAAACGGCAAAAAACAAAGACGUACUUGUGAGGACGAAAUUAGAGCAACAUUGAGUAGCAAAGAAAGGGUUGAUGACGAUGUUAUUACCGACCCAAAACGGGACAUUAAUGGACAUGUUUCUGAAAAUAUGAAGCCAUCUUUUACUGGCAAAGAAGAGGCUCUUGCUGAUGUAAAAGAGGAACUAGCUAAGCCAAGCUGCCUGGUGUUGAAAAGAAAAGGCGGAAUGCAGAAAAAGCUACCAUUAAAGGUGAGGUGGAAUGAUCAAGUUGGAAAAGCACUAGCUGAUCAUAUCGUUGAGGAAGAAGAGGGAGAAGAAGACAAUGUCAGUAUGUAA